AUUAUUCCUAAGUUUUCGCUCUGCUGACACCAGCUUUAAAGCAAUGUUUUAUUUAAGUUAGAUGUUUAUAUUAAAUCUAAUAUCUAAAAUCGCCAAUUAAGUAGUUAGAAUGAGAUAACAAAGUAUAAAACGACAUUUGUUAUUAUGUCUUUGCGUUCGUUAGUAUCGUUUUUUGUAAUUGUCGUGGUAGUGAUAAUAGGAGAUGUGCUGUGUAUUGGUAUACAACCUAAUAACAAUCACACGUGGAGCCAAAUAGCAACCAACAACAAUAACGCACCUUUACCUGGCCCUCAGUGGAACUCAAAUUUACAAUCUACAACCCCUUGGCCCGCUCUAGGCCAAAAGAGAAGUCAACAGCCAAAUCCCCCCCAGAAUGCCCGACCAAACAAUCAACCUAUGUGGGUGCGUCCAGACAACAGUCCCAAUUGGAUGAGAAAUACCCUCACUCCAUCCAGAGGCGUUGUCAACACGAAUUUCUUGAACAACGAAAGAGGGGGGAUUGCAAAUGUGAACAAUCAGAGGCCAAACUCGAAUAAACCUAGUCAAACAAAUAAAGCGGCUGUUCAACUUGUGAGCCAAAAUGGGCCAAAUCAAAGACCAACCUCGAAUAUACCUGGUCAGAAUCAAAUCGUGAAUUCUGGUCAGCCUGUUGGAGGUGGUGGAGGGAAUAGCAAUAGCAAUAAUAUGAAAGGUGUGGUUUCGGCAGGGUCCACGACGAGUAAUUCGGAUACGGCGAAUCAAAAUGUAAACCAGGGUUCGAGUAAUAAAAAGACUGGGGGAGACGUGGAGGAUUAUGAACUAAGGGAAUUCUCAGAGGAGCUUUUGUCGAAGGAUACCAAUAACGCGGCUAGAUUUGUUACUGUGAACUUGCAAGGAAUGACCACUUCUCGGUCCGCAAAUGAUGAAGCCCCCUUGCCACUGCUUUCUAUAGACAGUAAGGCGUAUUCCAUACCUUCCAUAGAAAAACUCAUGUUGCUCUACAACAAUUACAUCCUAGAAUCGAACCAGAAUGAAGUCUACACAGCUCAAGAAAAAAACGAAGAAAACGAUUUAUUGGAUACCAUAUUGUCCACACCAGUGAUGCAGCAUACUAGAAACUUUUUGAUUAAGAAAGGAAAGCUUGGGAAAGAUCCUAAAGAAUUCAAGGAUCUGCUGCGUGCUAUAUGGUUUGGAAUGUACUCUAGAGGACAAGGACGGAUAGGAUCCAGCGGGUUCGAACACGUAUUCCUCGCAGAACUGAAGAAUAGUCAAGUAUCAGGGUUACAUAAUUGGGUAUACUUUAACGAGGAGGAGAAGAACAAGAGGGCAAAUUAUUUGGGGUAUAUGAAGAAAAUCGACUUGGGAAAUAAAGGGUCCAUCCUAAAGUACCACUUUACAUUCCACGACGUUGAUAAACCUGUUGGGUCAAUGUUCAUUGGGACAAGUCCAGAAUUGGAGAUUGCCCUGUAUUCCACCUGUUACAUUCUUAGGGCCGACAAAAUAUGCCCAUUGAAAAUGAAUGGCAACAGAUUUAUCAUCAGAACGUUUACAUAUAGGUACAGAGGGAGGAACAUGAUAGGGAGCGCCUUUCCAGAAAUUUAAAAGUUUACAAUACUUGAUUUGUAUUCCAGAUAUUGCAGAUUUUAGUUAAUGCUAUAACUUAUGCUUAUAUAAUUCAGUUACAUUUUUCGAUAGUGGCGUUAUUAAAUUUCCUAAACUUUAAUACAGAUAUAAACUGUUAGGACAAUUGGAGAGUUCAAAUGUCAAGAUAAGUUUGCCCCAGUGUCAAAGAUAACUUAUUUUGUUCAGCUGAUUUUAAUACACAAAUAAAUAGUUAGCAUUAUUUUUAAUCUAUUUACAGUGUGGGUAGUUAAAAAUGUCCCUGUGUUUAUCUACCUGUAUUUUCGAUAUUAUUAAGUAAAUGUUUGUGUAAGUUUGUGUUUGAUAAAAUAAAUUUGGGUUUUGUAAAAAA